AUGAAUUUCCCAGACAUCUUGAGCAUUAUCUAUUGUUUGUUUAUAAUCUCCGAGAGCAGGGGGGUGGAUCAGCGACGCUUCAGAGUGUUGGACGUGGAUGCAAAAGGCAAUCUAUAUCUUUACAAGACGUUGCUGCUCUGCAAGAACGAAAUUAUCAAACGAUUGAGAAAUGGGACGUACAGUUUGGCAGAACAGAGCAAAAUAGGAUUCUCAAAGGACUUUGCAGCUCUAACUUGCAAGGAGCUCAAACAGAAAUUACCAUCAGUCGUGUCAGGCGUCUAUUGGAUAGACCCUGAUGGUGGUUCCCACAGUAAUGCUUUCCAGGCCUACUGCGACCAGCUAACGGACGGAGGGGGUUGGACAUUAGUUUACAGCUAUACCUUAAGGGAUUACUCACAUUUCACAGCUGCAUCAAACGCUGUCGUCCCGCGUCCAUCCUGGUCAGCCGGCGGCUCCAACGUCCGAGUGUCCAAAACAGUUCCACUGAGCGAGACGCAUUAUGAGGCCAUGGACUUCGCUCUGUGGGGUAGCGUUGGUAAGGAAACCCUAAUCAAGAGCAACAUCAACAACUGGUUCGCAUGCAAGGAAGGCACUGGCAGCAUAGUGAAACAGAAGAAGGGAUCGAUCCACUGUAAACUGGUCAAACAGGUUGCUAAGAACUGCGGUGGAGCGGUACCAAAAUCCUGGAAGUUUCAUGCGAAUGGACCUUCCUUUAGUGGAGGAGGUCAAUUUUAUUACUUUGAUGGGAGCAAAAGUAGCCAUUGGCCCACUCAUGAUCCUUGUGGUACAAAUCGAGCAGACCAGUUGAAAAACGUGCCAAACCCACACGGAAACAUUUUUAUCCGUUGA